AUGGCAAACAUUCCCAAGCUACACCCUGCCACCACUGUUGCAAACAUCAAGACGUGCAUUCUUGUCACCCUGGACUACGAAGGCACGCAAUACAACAAUUGGUCCACCCUUAUGCAACUGCACUGCCGUGCACAUAUGGUCCUCGACCACAUCAUCCCUGCCGCCCCUCCUUCCCCUACCACCGAGUCUGAAGCAGACAAGGUUGCCGCAAAAGCUAUGUGGCAACGCCUAGACGACAUUGUUCGUCAAUGGAUAUAUGGUACGAUCUCCAAUGAUCUUCUCAACACCAUUCUCGAUCAAGAGGACUCCGCACUCGAUGCAUGGAACCGGCUUGUGCGUCUCUUCCAGAGCAAUAAAAGUGCUCGUUCCCUUCAUCUCGACACCCUAUUUACUACCACGAAGCUGGAUCAAUUUUCUGGUAUUAAACCCUAUUGCACUUGCAUCAAAGUCCUCUCCGACAAUCUCCGAAGCGUAGGUGCUCCGGUGUCAAAUGAUAUAAUGGUUCUUCGCCUUUUACAAGCAUCGUGUUCCCUUACCUCGUUCGAGGAGGUCCGCUCUAUGUUGGAAUUCGAAGAGGACUCCGGUCUAGACGGCGACUCCGGUAUGGUUCCUGACACCGCUCUUUAUAAUGUUGCUAAUGAUCAUGUUGUUGGCAAUGGCCAGGAACAUCAUCCCCAUCACAAUAAUAACAGGCACAACAACAAUAAUAACCAUCAUCGUGGCAAGAAAGGAAACCGUGGUCGCGGCGGCAACAACAACAAGCGUCACCACAACAGGAACAAUAACGGUGGGGGUGGCCGAAACAACCAGCAACGACCCUCUGACCACCAGCCUUACGGGGCAGCUCCUCUUUACAGGAAGUUCCCACCGUUGGUAGCUCACUUGACUCAUCAACCAUGGGCUACUCCACCCUGUCCGCAUCCAUCCACGGGCUGGCGAUACCGCCCUACGGCCCCGCGUCAGCCCUCUCCGCAACAGGCAGGAGUAUUGGGGCACGACCUCCACAGGCAUACUUCAUGGCACCACCUCCCUCAAGCUAUGCUCCAACUGGUUACAUGCCCAUAUGCAUUGAGCAAGCUAUGCACACCAUGUCCUUACACCCUCCUGGUGAAAACGGGUACAUGGACACCGGUGCAACAUCGCAUAUGA